CGCGACACGCCCUUUAUAUACGCCACCUCCCUCCUCUGCGACGCCUCCCGUUUUCAUCACGUCGCCAUCGAAGCACCAGUAGCAAGAACACCCCGGCUUUGAGAUCGGCGAUCGCGUGCAGUUUCUUGGAUACCGCAUUGAUCGAAACAGGGAGAGGAUCGAGGAUGCAGUCGCAGCCGCAGUACCGGUCCUCCUACUACGCCGUGCUCGGCGUCCACCCCCGCGCUUCCGCCGCCGAGAUACGCGCAGCGUACCACCGCCUCGCCAUGAGGUGGCACCCGGACAAGAUCGCCAAUGGCCGUGCGGAUCCGGCGCGCGCGGAGGAGGCCAAGGCCAGGUUCCAGCAGAUACACGAGGCGUACAAGGUGUUGUCGGACGAGAAGAGGAGGGCGCUCUACGACGCCGGGAUGUACGAUCCCCUCGACGACGACCAAGAGGAGGUCGAGGGUUUCCACGAUUUCCUUCAGGAGAUGCUCUCGCUCAUGGCCACAGUUGGUCGAGAGGAGCCCGUGUAUUCCCUGGGCGAACUCCAGUCCAUGCUCAACGGGAUGAUGCAGGAUUUCUCCUCGCCCCAGCCACCACCACCAAGCAGCUUCUUCGCCAGCACCGGUCCGACGACGCGGCCGAGCGGUGGGCAGCAGCAGCGUCGAUCAUCCUCGAGCGUGCUGCCCCAGGGAUUCAGCAGCUCGGCGUGCUUCACCCGGACGGCUUUCUCUGGCUGCUAAGCACUUGGGUACACUGAUCUUCAUUGAAGUCCAUGCAUCCAGGUGUUCAUAGCUACGACUGGGUCCAGAAACCACAUGGAUCGACGAUGUGAAGGCACUGACUGAAUUGCAGAGUCAGGGAGGUCAUCGGGGAUGUCGAACGCUCCUGCAUGCAACGGAUCAGGGGAAUAAAGUAGAUGGCACAUAGGUUUCCAACUGACGAGAGCAUUUUUGUUCUUCGUUGUAGUUUCUGCGUAGAUAGGUGUACAUAGAUCGACGAACACCUCAUUCUGUACGAUCGUGUGACAUUAGGAAUUGGUGUUGCAUUUGUCCA